AUGUUCGAAAUAUUGUGUUCAGGGGAAAUUCCAGGUGCUGCAGAAGAAGAUGUUAAUGUUUUCGUGGAUGCUGCUCACAAAGCUUUGCAAAUUUCUUCACGAGAAAGCAUUUUCAACCAUGGAAGCUACCACACACGAACUGAUACAUCCAAUAGUAGUUGUUUUGCUGUCAAUGCUUGCAGUAAGAAACCUGAUCAAAACAUUCAUCUUGAAUCUAAGGUUUUGCUUGAGCCGAUUGAAAUGACAUGUGAUCCAACCUAUCUUGUUAAUUUUGUGGAGUUAUAUAUUGUGUUGGCUUCCUUUCAAUCUCACGAAGGAAGGGUACUUGGAUUAACAACUGUCACCUUUUCAUCCAAUCAUGAUGUUAGCUAUUUUGUACCAGAUAUCAACGUACUUUCUCAAUUCAUGAGGAAUUUAAUAGAUGAAAAUUCUUCAAGUGAGCUUCUAGAAGGAACUCAGAUUCAAGAUCUGUAUGAUCUCUUGGAAAUUAAACUAGUUGACUUCCAGAUAAACUUGUUUGUGCCAUUCUAUCCUACUUAUUAUUCUCCUAUUCUGGAAAACCUCAAUGCUUCUUCUGCUUUAGCAUUAUGCAUUGUUCAGGAUGAAUCAUUACUGAAAGCAAUGGAGGUUUAUGUAGUGGUGGCACCAUUUUCAGUUGGCAGUGUAAAUUUCAGAUUUCUCUUACGAAAGGUUUCCAUUCUUUUGACAGAUGAAAAGUGGAGCUCCGAUGGUCCUCUACUAGAGAUUCUUAUGGGAAGCUUGUUGUUUCAUGGUAUCAUAACUGCAAAUGUGAUGGAAGGAUCGGUUGAUAGUGAGCUUCAAGUAUUAUGGGAGCCUUUCCUUGAACCCUGGAAGUUCCAAUUAAGCUUAAGAAGAGAGCAAGGAAAAAGUGCCCUUCAAAACAGCCCAGUCAUGACAGAUGUUCAUCUCGAGUCAACAAUGAAUCUCAAUAACAAUGUUACAGAAUCCUUGAUUGAGGUCAUACUCACAAAUGCAACAACAAUGCCAUUUGAAGUCAGAUUCGAUAUCCUAUUUGGUGUAUCUCCCAAGAUUCUGGACCCUGUAUAUCCAGGACACGAGUUUCCUCUUCCUCUACAUUUAGCAGAAUAA